AUGUUCACUGAACUCCUCUUCUUACCCCUUAAUUUUACUCUUCUUGUAGUUCUCUAUAUCGUUAAGUCUGCACAGAAUCAGCAUGGCCUUAGACAUGGUGAUUACCAGCAGUACCAACAGUACGUCACUCGAAAAUUAAGAAGAACGCGCAAGUCACUACGCUUCCAGCAGGGAACACGCUCAAAAGUUGUUCCGAAGAAGAUGACUGCAGAGAUGAUAACGGAUGCACGCUUCUUCAUACUUGCCGUUUUUGAAAUUGAACGUUCGUGGGCAUUCGCGAUGCAACUCAAGGCUGAAGCUAACUCUGAUCCACGCAAAAGAUUUCAAAUGAUUUCGAGACUUCGGAAAGCUAGCAAACGUGCCCACUAUUUGUAUGACUUGAUGGCUGGUGUUCCCUUAUGCGAUGCUCAAACUAAGCUAGAAUUGAGUGCUUAUAUUCACUGGAUUCGAGGAAUACUCUAUUUUGAGUUACAGGACUGGGUGAAGGCUAGAGAGCUACUGGAAGCCUCACAGAGCAUCUACUCUGGCCUGGCUUCCUCUGUAGACGAGGACCUCAAAGCCUUGUACACCGGACGCAUAAACGAGUUGCUGCCGCAAAUCCGCUACUGUGCCUACAGCAUUGGUGAUGAGUCUGCGGCCACAGAGCUGCGGGAAAUGCGCAAUGUCGCUGUAGAGGGCUCCGACCUCUUGGCCGAGUAUCAGCUUGAUGAACUGCUGAAGCAGGUGCAGGCCAUGCAAGCUGUCAAUGUCACUGAAGUCGAGUGGUUGGGUACCACCAUACCCAUAAAGCAGGAGAAGGCACGGUUGGCCGUUCUCGCCGUUCAGGAAGCUGAUAAGGAACUGAAGAAGGUCGGCUCUAGCCACACAAAGGCUACUUUGUGUGAAUCUACUCUGAAGACUCUGGUGGAGGCAAUUGCCAGCCUACGUGACGAGAUCCGAUCACUGUCAUCCGUCGACACCGCGUCUGCCGUGGCCUCCAAGUCACUUCAGAAGAACCGUGGAAUAGAGAAGGAAAAAGAGGGACAUCAGAAAGAACUAACGUACUUUCUCCUCUCUGUAUUGCAAAUAACCCCAGUAUUAGUGUCCUAUCGACAAAUGACGCUAUCGAAAUUUAACUAA